AUGUCCGUGAGUUUCCUGCUGGAGAUGGACACGGCCAUGUACGGAAACCCAGCGAGACACCUGAACCUCGGCCAGACGCACCUGAACGUGUACCCGUCCGCCCCGUACCAGGACUACAGCGGAUACCACACGGUCUCUGCCCUCGGCAAUGACCUGCAUCACACCGGCAGCGCGUGGAGUCCCGGGUUCGGUCUCGGUGCGCGCGAGGACUGGCCGCCGCCGCCGCUGUACGGGCACGGGACGGGUCACUCGCUGCCCGUUAACGGCAUGGAGGUGAACGUCAUUCCGCCUGAGAAUCAGGGGCUGCUGAGGAACGUUCUGAGCGCACCGCAGGAGAGAGACGAGCCGCAGGACUGGAUGAGACCCACCAACUGUGUCGGUCACCCGGGAGGAAAAACGAGGACAAAGGACAAAUACCGAGUGGUGUACAGCGACAUUCAACGCCUGGAGCUGGAAAAAGAAUUCCACUUCAGCCACUAUAUCACCAUCAGACGGAAGGUGGAGCUUGCGUCGUCCCUGAGCCUAUCAGAACGCCAGGUGAAGAUCUGGUUCCAAAACAGACGAGCUAAAGAAAGAAAAAUGAACAAAAAGCGAAUUCAACAGGCCCAAGAGAGCUCUACGUCCAAUGUGCCCGUCCACAGCAACAUCGCCAUGGUUUCCAGCACCAACGGUUUGAUGACAGACAAUACAUCGAGCAACAUCAAAGAUGAAUAUUGAGAAGUCUUUAAACCAGAUGGAUAAACAGUUUCAAAUGUUUACACGGAUUCAGCGACACUGAACGUUCAUAUUGCACUACACGGAUGACACGCAAACACAGUUUAUUGUGAAUAAGCACACAGUAUUUUAAUUUUGAAAGAAUGAAUCUCAGCGUAUGAAGAAACACGGCGUAAUAUUUUCUCAAUUGUUUUGCGUACUGCUUUUGAUGUGGCCUCACUAACUAGUGAUUUUGAAGUUGUAUUGUAUGACAGUAUAUUUAAAGUGCCUGUAUCACCACUGUUUUGCUUUGCUAUGUACAAUAUUUGACACCUACUGGAUCAUGAAUAACUGCCUGGA